AGUUCCGUCCUCUUUCGGGAACAACGACCCCAUGCUCCCCCACACAUGCCCAAUUACGAAGGAAACUAUCGUCCCAUUCGGGCGGAGCCAAGCCAUAAUGGGUUGGUUACGUGUCAUUUGCAGAACAUCAGAUGGCGGGAACACGCUAAAGAUACGUGUGAUAUGGCGGGAAAGAAUAUCCGCGAUUCAGGCAUUAAUAUCCCUUUCGAUAUGCUAUUCUUCUCGCCCUGUACGCUUCACGCACUGAUAUAGAGUUUCUAGAAUGGGGAAGACGAAGAAACCUCGGGCUUCGGAGGAAAAUUCAGAGGUAGAAGAUGAAGAAAUUGACGAAGAUCAGGAGAAUUUAUCGGGAUCUUCUUCUUCUUCAAGCCACAAGAGCUUAUAUGAGAUUCUCGGGGUGGAAAAAACAGCAAACCAGCAGGAAAUAAAGAAAGCUUACUACAAGUUGGCUUUGCGCCUACACCCUGAUAAAAAUCCUGAUGAUGAGGAGGCCAAGGAAAAAUUCCAGCAGCUGCAAAAAGUGAUAUCCAUCCUUGGUGACGAAGAGAAACGAGCAGUCUAUGAUCAGACUGGUUGUAUUGAUGAUGCUGAUCUAGCAGAAGAUGUCAUCCAGAAUUUGCAGACAUUUUUCCGAGCAAUGUACAAGAAGAUCACCGAGGCUGAUAUUGAAGAGUUUGAAGCAAACUAUAGAGGCUCUGAUUUGGAGAAAAAUGAUUUGAUUGAAAUGUACAAGAAGUACAAUGGUAACAUGGGCAGGCUUUUCUGCUGCAUGCUUUGCUCAGAUCCUAAGUUAGAUUCACAUCGAUUCAAGGAUAUUAUUGACGAGGCAAUUGCUGCUGGAGAGCUCAGGUCCACCAAAUCAUAUGAAAAAUGGGCUAAACAGGUGUCAGAAACAAAACCACCUACAAGUCCAUUGAGACAGAGAAAGAAGUCGAAAGAAAAUUCAGAGGAUUUAUAUGCUAUAAUCUCAAAGCGACAAAAUGAGAGGAAAGGCAAGGUUGAUUCAAUGUUAUCAUCUCUUGUUCAAAAAUAUGGAGGCGGCGAUGUAGUCCCUGAACCUAGUGGAGAAGAAUUCGAAGCUGCUCGAAAAAAGCUCGAAAGCCGGAAAAAAUCAUCCAAACGUAAGUAGCUUGGCAUUUUGAGUUUUGUUUGAAUUUCUUUUAAAAAGUUGAACGGUUUCACCCGUUCUUCACCUAAAUGUUACAGCCGGUGUUCAAAUUUGCAUGUUAUUUAUAUAAAAUCAUUGCUAAAAUGCCUAAGGUUGGCAUGUUUCUACUGAAUGUUGAGUGCCUGUUUUUGUAUUUAUAUGAAAAAAGAAAGGAAGGGAAGUUAAGGAAAACGGGUUGCUUCCAGUUGAGAGAGGUGAAGAAUGUACCUUUGGUUGGUUA